UCCCCUCGCAUGCGCCGCACUCCCCUCGCAUGCGCCGCACUCCCGCGCAUAGCCAGAGACGGAGACUGGCCGGGUAGCCCCGCCCCCGUAGUCGGCGCGGUGCUUUUCUUCCGCUCCGGGUAGGCUCCGUUUCCCUUUCCGGGCGGGCAGGCGGCGGACCCCAGUGUCUUUAUCCCUCUUUUGCACAGAGUCAGCUUCUGCAGCUCUCCUGGGCUAGCAUGGCAGCGUGGAAGAGUUGGACGGCCCUGCGGCUCUGCGCCACAGUUGUUGUACUUGAUAUGGUCGUCUGUAAAGGAUUUGUAGAAGAUUUAGAUGAAUCGUUUAAAGAAAAUCGAAAUGAUGACAUUUGGCUUGUAGAUUUUUAUGCACCAUGGUGUGGCCAUUGUAAAAAGCUGGAACCGAUUUGGAAUGAAGUUGGUCUUGAGAUGAAAAGCAUUGGUUCUCCAGUUAAGGUUGGAAAGAUGGAUGCUACUUCCUAUUCUAACAGAGUUUUGCUCUUAUUGCCCAAGCUGGAGUGCAAAGGUGCAAUCUUGGCUCACUGCAACUUCCACCUCCCGGGUUCAAGUGAUUCUCCUGCCUCAGCCUCUCGAGUAGCUGGGAUUACAGGCAUUGCUUCAGAGUUUGGAGUUCGAGGUUAUCCAACAAUUAAGCUAUUAAAAGGGGACUUGGCAUAUAAUUAUAGAGGACCACGAACAAAAGAUGAUAUUAUUGAGUUUGCUCACAGAGUAUCUGGGGCUCUAAUUCGGCCACUUCCAAGUCAACAAAUGUUUGAACAUAUGCAGAAGAGACACCGUGUAUUUUUCGUUUAUGUAGGUGGAGAAUCACCUUUGAAAGAGAAAUACAUAGAUGCUGCUUCAGAAUUGAUUGUAUAUACAUACUUCUUUUCUGCCUCAGAAGAAGUGGUUCCUGAGUAUGUGACACUAAAAGAGAUGCCGGCUGUGCUUGUUUUCAAAGAUGAAACUUACUUUGUUUAUGAUGAGUAUGAAGAUGGUGAUCUGUCGUCAUGGAUCAACAGGGAAAGGUUUCAGAAUUACCUUGCUAUGGAUGGCUUCCUCUUGUAUGAACUUGGAGACACAGAUCUGAAUGCCAGUUCUUUACGAGAAUGUAAACUGAUAUUACCAGAAGAUAUACCUUUGCAUGUGGGAAAGCUUGUGGCUCUUGCAGUUAUUGAUGAGAAAAAUACAUCAGUUGAACAUACCAGAUUGAAGUCAAUUAUUCAGGAAGUUGCAAGAGAUUACAGAGACCUCUUCCAUAGGGAUUUUCAGUUUGGCCACAUGGAUGGAAAUGACUACAUAAAUACCUUGCUGAUGGAUGAAUUGACAGUCCCAACUGUAGUUGUACUGAAUACUUCAAACCAGCAAUAUUUCUUGCUAGAUAGACAGAUUAAGAAUGUUGAAGACAUGGUCCAGUUUAUUAAUAACAUUUUGGAUGGCACAGUAGAAGCCCAAGGAGGUGAUAGCAUUUUGCAGAGAUUGAAAAGGAUAGUAUUUGAUGCCAAAUCUACUAUUGUGUCUAUAUUCAAGAGCUCACCACUGAUGGGCUGCUUUCUCUUUGGCCUGCCACUGGGUGUCAUCAGUAUCAUGUGCUAUGGAAUCUACACAGCCGACACAGAUGGAGGUUAUAUAGAAGAACGAUAUGAAGUGUCUAAAAGUGAAAAUGAAAACCAAGAACAGGUAGAAGAGAGCAAAGAACAGCAGGAGCCCAGCAGUGGAGGAUCUGUAGUGCCUACAGCGCAGGAGCCCAAGGAUGUAUUAGAAAAGAAGAAAGAUUGAGACUUGAUGACUAUAAAAUAUUUGAUAGGACUUCAAAUUAUUAAAGAGUCUAUUUAUUGAAUUUAGACAUUUAAUCAUGAUCUUUACAGAAAAGAACAUGUUAUUCGUAUUUUGCUAAUAUCAACUGCAUGGAUUAAAGUAGUCCCUCCAUACAUGGGGAAGUGUUUGGAGCAAAGAGAUGAACAGUUUAUCUGAAACAAACACAGAGCACUCCAUCAAAAUUUACCUGAUCUUUGUGAUUAGAACAGGACAAUUCUAUUUGCAUGUUUCUCUAUCUGAAUAUUCUGUGACAAAAAGUUAAGAUUCUUGGGCAGAAUAUUUAAAUUGGUCAGUCAGGUAGAAGAUACAUGUGUGAUAUAGAAAAAUAGUGCCUCUCCUGCUGCCAUCUGUUUCCCUCAUAUAUUUUGGACAAGAUUUAUAUGGACAAAAUUAAGUCUUUAAAAUUUAGGCACUUUAAGAACUAAUAACUUUUUCCAUGUAUCAAGAUUAUGAGGUUAAAAAUAAUGUGGUUUUAUAUAGCAUAGUGGUUUUAUUUUGUUAGUUAUUUUUAAAGGAGAAGAAAUGUUACUUUUUAACUUUAUACUCAGUUGCAUUAUCAUAAAAUUUUCAUAUAUGCCUAGAUAAUGGGGAAAAAAAGUCUUGUGAUUGACUCGCAAAAUGAACAGGAUUUACUGAGUAGAGGUUUCAGCCCAUUCCUUGGAAUACUCCUAACAGGUAUUUCAUCAGUCAUCGUAGGUUGGGGAAGGGUCUCUAUUAAUCCUACUCUGCUUUAGCCAGAACAGCCUAGUAUUUUAUUUCUAUUUUAUAUAUUGAGAUUUCUUCUAACAUUUCCUUUGAUAAAAAUCUUCUGCUUUUUGAAAAGUGGUAUGUAUCAUAUUUUUAUGUUUCUGGUGUGUAAACUUCAUGGUAACUUCUACUCUAGAAUACGUACGUAUGCACCCACAGACACACACAGUUUAUUGACACAUCUAUUAUGUAAUGCUGUAGACCUGUCCGUGUCUGCUUCAUAAGGAGUAACGACUGACAUUAGCAUGUCCAGUGACAAGUCACAUCCGGUGUAAAAAAAGACAUCAGCCAGUUACCUUCUCCAUUUUCUUAGUUCUGUCACCCAUUUCGUCAGGUGACCUCUCAUCUUCUAUAAACUAAUACAGGAAUUCUUUCCAAAGCAAUGUCUAAAAACUCUUUUUUUUAAAGUAACAGUUUGGUAUGUUUAUUGUAGAUAAAUUAUUUUUGAGGCCUUCAUUUUAGCUAAGUUUAGAAUUUAUAUUAGGCAACUAUGAUUUGAGUGGUUAUUCAUUGAGUAAUUUUCCACUGUAAGGAAUUUUAUUGAACAUUUAUUUAAAAAUAAUGUAAUGCAUGGUCAAAAAAUAUGUAAUUCAUGGUCUGGGCACUGACGUUGUUUAGGGAUUUCGUCAUCAAGGACAGCCUUCUGUUGUUUCUAAUGCCAUACUAAUCAAGACUGUAGGGACACUUGCAUCUUAAGUACUAAGGAAUUACUAGUGAUUGUUUUAUUUUAUCCAUGUACUCUUUUAGUAUUUAAUAAUUAAAUACCUAUUCUUAGUGUUUGACACUCCAUAUUUCUUUUUUUUGGAAAUGAAACAAAUAUGCAGUCCAAAAUUCAGGAACUACUAGAGUGAAAUGAUAUUAAGUGGAAACCAGAGAUAAAUGCUGUUAAUUUAACAAGUAGAUUCUUCUCCAAAGAAUAAUGAGUGAUUCUUGGGAAGAUAAAUGUUAAUGUUCCCAAUAGUCAAGCUUGUUUUGCAGUAGUGAAAAGCUUAGAUGAGUACAGAUGCCUCAUUUGAAACUCAGCCUAGUAAGGAAGUGAAAACUUAGCAGUCAGUGACAUGGGGAAAUAGUUAUAGAAAAUGUCAUUGAAUUUUUUCAUAUUUAUAGUUAGUCAUUUACAUAUUUUUGUCUUGUUGAUCAUUACCUGUAAAUGAAAGACCUUAAUAGGAAAAAAAGAGUAAAGCUCAGUGUGAAUGCAAACAUCCACAAAAUAUGAUCUUCGUUUAUAUUCUGUGAUGUUGUUUAUAAAUGAAUGCCUCAGUUCUCUGCCACCCUUUUCACAGCUUUGUACUGUUUGCCUUAUAUUCUAUUUGUGCUUUUAAAGUGUGUCUGUUGGGAAAACAAAAUGUGUAGGUGGUUUGUAAGUGAAUAAUUUUUAUUUCUUCUUGUAUUAAAAUUUUGCUUUCUUCUCUACUUUGGGAGAUGUUUAUUUACAUUGUCAGACUAUUCACAAAACAGAUUUUAAAAUUUGUUUGCUCGUAUGCUAUUCCCUUCAGUGUGAUAUCAGAGAUUACUAUGAAUGUUAGUUUCAUUCCGUGAAACAUUACUUCCAUAUAAAGACAGAUCUCUUAAUAAGUGAAUCUAGUGGAAGAACAUAGGUAUCAUUCUAAUUCCAUGAUAAAUUUUGUCAUGACUGUAUAUGAAUAAUGGGGUCCUUCAGGAAGUUGGAAUUUUUGCCUUCUCUUAAUUGCAGUGAAGUUCUCUUUAUAACUUCUAAAAUUCAGAAUUCUAGAUCCUUGCUUUUGCAGAAUUUGGUGCUCAGACAAUAUUUAAGGACAUUUCAGCGAGACAAAGUGCAUGUUUUUAUCGAGUACCCUGUGCACCACAUUAUAUCUGGCAAUUCUUUUUGUUUCAUUAUGUGCAUCAAUAUUUUUCUCAGCUACUAUUACCUGAAACUUGUUUAACAUGUAUUAGACCUAGAAUUUUCAUUUUCUUUCUCACAUAGUUGCUUCCUGGUAUCUGAUUUAGAAAUAACAUUUAAAUGCCAAAUAUCUGGGGGAUUGAAGGAAGGGUCUAUAUGAGCAGGUAAAUUAGCAGUACUGUUAUUGUUUAGUGGAUAUUGUUAGUGACUUUUUGUGUGUGUUUUGCUUUGGGACCUUUUUAUUUUGGUGUUGCAAAAAGUAACAGAUAUUUUCAUCAUUGCUUCAUACGACAUGGAGUUAGGACAGGGAAAAAUCAUUCAACACUCCUUAUGCAUUAAAUGAUCAAAUAAACCAGUGUGGGAUAUUAAGACUAUCACUUGGUGGGAUUAGGCUUGACAUUUUAUUUUUAUAAAUAUAUAUUUUUUCUGAAUGUGUCUGAGUCCAAGAGUGGGCAAAAAAUAAUUUUCUACUUUGGACUAAUCUAUAGAGGUUUUUGAAAGUCUGCAUUACUAACUUGUUGAAUUCAUGAUAUUCUGCCUAUGGCACAAAUUGUAAACCUUUGUUUUUCUAAAAUAAAGUAAUUGAAAACCUGCAA